GAAGGGAGGGCAGAGGAGGUGAGGUGAGCUGCUCGUUGCCGGCGACCUGUUGAGCAUGUCAGUGUGAGUCUGUGUGCGACCCGGCCACGGAGAACACCACUGUCCCUGUGAAGAUGGUGAUGGUGAUGCCACAGAACCACACCGGAGAACCCCUUCCUUACAUAGACAAGUCAGGAAUGGAACAGCUGCCUGGCAAUGAAUCAGAAGUACUUGGACAGGAGCAGUCUGAGCCACAUAACGAAGAGAAGGAGAAGCAGGGGCAGGAGGAGCGGGAGAAGUCUUCACCUGAGACACGAGGAUCAGAGAAUGAAGAAAACUCCAAAAAAGAGAUGCAUCGUCUUGUAGUACCUUACGACACUUCACACGGACCGGAUUCUCUCACGAUGCCUCACACUCAUGUAAAGGAAGAGAGCAUUUUAGAAGAUUCUAUCGGCUCUGCGAGGCACAGGCCCACUGAAGAGCUGCAGCCUCAGAGAGACAGAGGAGAGCAGGGGCGUGUGGAGGCUUCUACUCCUAAGCUUUUGAUAGGGUGUUGCAGCAGGGCGCUGGAGAAAGCGACAAAGUACCUCCACCAGCCGUGUGAUCCCACCUCCCUGGCCGCCGUCAGGAUAAUGUUUGGGGUGCUGAUGGUGCUGGACAUGGUGCAGGAGCGGGGCAUGGGUGAAGCUGACGUCCGUUGGGGCGACCCGGACACUUGCCGCUUCCCCUUGGUGGCCGCCCUCGUGCCGCUGCCCCUCCCCUACAUGCUGCUCCUCUACGCUGUCUUGCUCGCUGGUGCGAUGGGCGUGGCGGUGGGCUGGCGGUGGCGGGCGAGCUGUACCGUAUACCUACUGGGUUACUGGUACCUGCUGCUGCUGGAUAAGGCAACCUGGAACAACCAUUCUUACUUGUAUGGCCUGCUGACCGCCCUCAUGCUGACUGCUGAGCCCCAUUCCUGUUGGUCCGUGGACGCGAGAGCAGAAGGAGGUGCCAGACACGUGCCCUUCUGGAACUACUUCAUGCUACGUGCCCAGGUGUUCUUCCUGUACUUCUUCGCGGGAAUCAAGAAGCUGGACAGUGAUUGGCUGGCCGGCCACUCCAUGCGCCACCUGGGGGAGCACUGGGUGUUCUAUCCCUUCCGUGUCUUCGUCAGCGUCGACACCGUUGACUACUACAUCAUCCACCUGGGCGGCUUCCUCCUGGACCUCACCCUGGGCCCGCUCCUCCUGUGGCCACCCUCCAGGAAGCUCGCCCUCGUCUUUGGCUCUUCUUUCCACCUUAUGAACUCACAAAUAUUCUACAUUGGCAUGUUUCCGUGGGUGUGUUUGGCCACUCUUCCCAUCUUCUGUCGCUGUGAUUGGCCUCGCACACUGCUUGCCUCCCUUCCAAGGCUGCCACCACUUCCAGGACAAUGCCAGAGACGUGCUGAGGGAGGAGCACAGGCUAACGACGAGACGGUAAACAAAGAAAAGGUUGAAGUUAAAAGAGAAGGAGAAGAAGACAAGAAACAAAAGAACGUGACAAGAAAGGUGGAGGAACAUAAGGUUUUGCCGACACUCAAGAGAAAUAAGAAUUGUUUAUAUCCAGGUGUGGCGGGCGUGACAGGGAAGCAGAAGGCGACGACGGUGCUGGUGGCGUGUUACCUCCUCACCCAAUCCGUGCUGCCCUUCUCCCACUGUGUUACCAAAGGAUUCAACACGUGGACGGAGGGGCCCUAUGGCUACAGCUGGGACAUGAUGGUGCACUCCUGGGACACUCUGCACGUCAAGGUCACCGCCGUCACCACUGCAGGGGGACACCGUCUCUACGUGGACCCCAACAUGUGGGUGUCCAGUCCCCGGUGGUCUAGUCACGCGGACAUGGCGGUGCAGUACUGUCGCUGUGUGCAGAGUCGCCUCGCCGCCCUGGGACACCCCGUCACCGCCCUGCACCUCGAUGUCUGGAAGUCCCUCAACGGCAGAUUUCAGCAGCGGGUUUUUGAUCCAACUGUGAACAUCUUGGAGGCGCCCUGGUCUCCAUUCAGUGAGACGCCAUGGGUGCUGCCGGUGGUGACGGAGCUGGACCACUGGAGAGAGCGACUGUACCGACAGCAGGAGAGCAAGGAUGAGUCUGUGUCCCUCGCCGAGAAACUCUUCGUGGCGGACUUCCCGGGUCUGACUCUGGAGAAUUAUUUGAGCGCUGAUUUGGAGAACGUAACCCUGGAGGUGCUGAAAGGGGAGGUGGUGGUGCUCCUGUCGUGUCAGAGUGGCGUCGAGGGUCUCUCAAACGUCUUACAUGUUCCUAGGAGCGGCGACACUAAUGGCACAACACAUCGCCAGCAGAGGGAGGGUAUGAGAACUCUCGCCCACCAGCCUUGGCACACGGCGCAGGAACCAUCGGUAGAAAGCUUCAACUUCGAUAAAGAAAUAGACAGCACAAACUUGAAUACUGAACCUCAUGACCUCGCCGGGAGCAUUCAGAGGGCGCGACAGAGCCUUCAGGAGCUAGUUGGCAGUGACUACGAGGGGGCUGUAGGCUUGAUGGAGCUUCCCAGUGGCACGGCUAAGGUAAAUGUAUGCUCCGUGGCACUGUAUGUCGGUGGGAGCAUGAUCUUGCCCAGUGGUGCCUUUCAUUCUGUCACCACCACGUCCUCCGCGCCUGCUGUCUAUGCGUACACCUACAUCAAUGCGACGUUGAGGGAGGACGAAGAGAAGCGGAAUCAGACACCAAGUAGUAAUGCAGCAAGCGAGGCAUGCGCAGCAGAACAGGACAGUAGCACAGAUUCCUCCGAUACAGAAGACAGCAAGACACACGACAGACAGAGCCUUGUGGACGGCAACGGCGUCUACCACCCCACCACUGCCGACUUCCCUACAUUUGAAGAUCUAUUUAAAUUCAUCAAGCGGAAACUAGAGUUAUUCUGGCGGGCAGGAAGGCUGCUGCUGGCCGCCUGUCAUUGCCUGCUGACCAGCUCCUGUGUGAAGGUCGAGUAGCAAGGUGUAUCUUAACUGAGGACACACCUGGCAGAUCACCCAGUGAACGACAUCGAACAAUCUGGACACACUCAGAAGUUUGUUAUGCUACACUAUCCUUUCAUGAUCUUUACCUCUUCACCUCAAUCUUAAAUGUUAUAUUCUGUUGACAGUUUCCUUACAAAACCUAACGAUUGAUAGAUUCCACGAUCACCGAUCUUGGUAUUGAAGGGAACCGAAAUUCACAGUGAAAUUAUGUGCGACAAGCUACACGACUAGUGGCCGCUACUUCUAAGCAUCUAGUAGUGGAUAAGGUGGUGAGCGUGGGAUCGGGGAGACGUCCACGUGUAGGUUCGAAUCCCACCACGUACAACCUUAAAACACUUUGCCAUUUGUCGAGUUGUUUAAAGUUACCUACAUGUCACCA